UCUACUGAAGAUGGUGAUAGAUUGUAUUCCUUAUGCAAAACGGUGGUGGACGAGGGACCCCAAGUGUUUGCACCUCUCUCUGAAGAAAGCAAGAACAAGAAAUACCAAGAAGAGGUUCCAGUCUAUGUGCCAAAAUGGAUGCCAUUCAAGGAAUUGAUGAUGAUGUUGCAAGCCAGCCUGCAAGAAAUUGGGGAUCGAGCCUGAUGCCGGAUGGCCAAGCCCACAUGGAGCCUCAGUAUGCAGAGGAGGGUCCAGGACCUGGGAUCUUCAGAGCAGAGCCAGGAGACCCACUGAGGAGGCCUGAGGCCCAGCAGCAGCCCACCUCUCGGGCGGGGCGCUGGUGCUCAAGGCGGCGCGGCUGCGUGGGGCUGGGCACCCUGGCGCUGCUGGCUGGUGCGAGCGUCGGCUCAUGGCUUCUCGUGCUGUAUCUGUGGCCAGCCGCCUCUCAGCCAUCUCCCGGGAACUUGCAGGAUGAGGAGAUGCCUCUGAGCUGCUCAGAGGCCAGUGGUGAGGAAGCCCUGCUCCCUUCGCUUCCCAGAACAGUAUCUUUCAGAAUCAACCCUGAGGGCUUCUUGCUGGCAGUACAGGUGAGGGCUCGGCCAGACUGGCUCCUGGUCUGCCACGAGGGCUGGAGCUCUGCCCUGGGGCUGCGGAUCUGCCAGAGCCUGGGACAUCUCAGACUCACUCACUACAAGGGAGUAAACCUGUCUGACAUCCAGCUCAACAGCUCCCAGGGGUUUGCUCAGCUCUCUCCAGGACUGGGAGGCUUCCUGGAGGAGGUGUGGCAGCCCAGGGACAGCUGCGCUUCUGGUCAAAUCGUUUCCCUCAGAUGCUCUGAGUGUGGGACGAGGCCCCUGGCUUCCCGGAUAGUUGGCGGGCAGGCCGUGGCUCCCGGGCGCUGGCCCUGGCAGGCCAGUGUGGCCCUGGGCUCCCGGCACACGUGUGGGGGCUCUGUGCUGGCCCCACGCUGGGUGAUGACGGCCGCACACUGCAUGCACAGUUUUAGGCUGUCCCGGCUGUCCAGCUGGCGGGUGUACACGGGGCUGGUGAGCCACAGUGCCGUCAGGCCGCACCAGGGGGCUAUGGUGGAGAAGAUCAUCCCUCACCCCCUCUACAGCACCCAGAAUCACGACUACGACGUCGCCCUCCUCCAGCUCCGGACACCGCUCCACUUCUCAGACACCGUGGGUGCUGUGUGCCUGCCAGCUGAGAAGCAAGAUUUCCCAAGGGGCUCACAGUGCUGGGUGUCUGGCUGGGGCCACACCGACCCCAGCCACACCCACAACUCAGACACGCUGCAGGACACGGUGGUGCCCCUGCUGGGCACCCGGCUCUGCAACAGCUCCUGCAUGUACAGCGGGGCCCUUACCCCCCGCAUGCUGUGUGCCGGCUACGUGGACGGGAGGGCCGACGCGUGCCAGGGUGACAGCGGGGGCCCCCUGGUGUGCCUGGACGGGGGCACGUGGCACUUGGUGGGGGUGGUCAGCUGGGGCCGCGGCUGCGCAGAGCCCAAUCACCCUGGCGUCUACGCCAAGGUUGCCGAGUUCCUGGACUGGAUCCAUGACACUGCGAGGAGAAGAGGCUAUAUAGGAGGACACAGUCAGAAGGUGGUCAUCAGCAAGCCAAGAGGGGAAUUCUCACGAGAACCUGACCAUGAUGGCACCUUGAUCUUGGACUUCCAGACUCCAGAACUACGAGGAAAUUGAGGCACAAAGAGGUUAAGCGUCUUGCCCAAGAUCACACAGCUAGGAAGUGACAGAGCUGGGAUUUGAAUCCAUAGUCUGGAGCCUGCGUACCUAAUCACUAUGCUGUCUUGUGGCUCUUCAAGGAGUGCCUGAGGGAUGUCACACAAGUCCCACCUGGUGGGAGGCAGGGGGGCUGUAUUUGCUGGCUAUCAGCUUGCCCUAUGCUCCCUCAUCAAUGGGAAGGGCAGGAAUGGGCCCAGUGCAAGCUGGAGAGCAGUGAGGAGUCAGGGCACCUCCCAGAGGGUGAGUGCCUCCUGGACCUCUAUAAUUGUGAGUUGACCCCGCAAGCCUGACCUUCAUUGCCAACUGAGGGGAGAAGGGCAAGAGGGAAUGUGAUUUGUUGAGAGCUUGCUACCAUGUCCAGGGCUGAACGGGGACCUCCAUACAUGGUUCCUUUGACUAUUACAAUUAUCUUCUGAGUUGGGUUUGACUACUCCCAUCUUACAGAUGAGGAAGCUGAGGCUGAGGAAGGUAAAAUAAUUCAACUAUAUUCUCACAGCAAGUGGUGGAGCUUGAAUUUGAACCCAGAUGUGUCUGAUUUCAAAGCCCAUGCUGCUCAUCCCUGGGUGCUUCUCACCUGGCUCCAUUCCUAAUGUGGACUCCAUGGUUUCCCUCCUGCUUCCUGGCAGCUUCCUGCAGCUGGCUCAGACUGGUGCUUCUAGGGUUAGAAGGUGAAUCCUAUGCUGUGUGUGCGCGUGUGUAUGUGUGUGCUCAUGUACAGCAUACAUGUACAUUGUAGGAAGUAUGGACAGGAGGAGGAAGGUCUGGGGUCUGCAGAGAUGCUUCCUCCCCACCACACCUGCCCCACUUCAGGCUGUCCCCAGGCUGCCCUGGGGCUUUGGGGUGGGGGUUUGUUAUUGUGUUGUAGGCUCUUGUAUCUUUCCCCAAGGUGGGUAAUUGCAGAUGACUCACCUGUGGAACAGGAUCAAAACCUACUUUAUUUUACUGAAUUCCCCCUUCCUCUAUGUGCUAAGAAGCCUUAGGGGUGGGGGUGCGAAGGCUUUCCCAGAAAAUUACACCCUGCAUUUCCCUUUCUGCUGCUUCUAGGACGUCAUUUAAGAUGGAAAUUAGAGCCCAUUAUUGCACAUUUAAUUACCCACCAAAUGAAUGGCAUAUUUAAUGGAAAUGGCAAAAUCUUCCAACUUGUGUAAGAUUUCUAGUUCAUGCAUCUCCAGACGUGUUGCAAAAUAAUUCAUUAACUAGAGAUGUGAGCUGUUGGGGCUGCCUCAGGGGAAAAGCAGGGCCAAGGAAUGGGGCCAAGGAUGUGUGAACUAAUUAGCUGACAUCCCUGCCCUCGGGAACUGAGGUAAUGGAGAAUUUGCUUCUACUGUGCUUGAAGGUGCAGCCCCCACCCCUUACUAGGGGUGGGGCAGGGAGGCCAGCACUGGGGCCUCUGGGGCUGAGUGGGGAGAAGGUUGGGGUGGCCCAUCUCUUGUCAUCUCCCCAGCCCCAGGUUCCCAUAGCAACACACUGCAGCCCUAGGCAAUAUAUACAAGUAGCUGUGGGAUGGGGGAGAGCUUCAGAGAUGGCAGGCACAAGGGAACAAUCUCUGAGGCAGUUAGUGGGGGGCAGCCUCUGUCACCCCUCUCCCCCUCCAAUGUUCUAGCUGUGGCCUCUCUGGCUUUGGCUCGAGGCUGUUGUUAUAUUUUAGGGAUAUUUGUUCAUUCACUCAACCAGCCAACAUUUAUGGAACAUCUGCUAUUUGUGGAAAAUCUGUUUGUUAAUUCAACCAUGCAAACAGCCAACCUUCUUAUUAAAUACCUAUUAUUCAUUCAUUUCCUUGUUCAUUCAUUUGUUUUAAGCAGUGAACUAACCAGCCAACAUGUAUUGAAUAGCUACUGAUUUACUUACUCAUGCAACCAAUCAGUAACAAAGUGCCUACUCUUUGACCACCCAUCCCUCCAUCCAUCCAUCCAUCCAUCCAUCCAAUCAACCAACCAACCCACCAACUAACCAACAACCAACCAGCAAUCAAUAAAUUAAUUCAGUAUUUAUUGAAUAGUAAAGGCGUAUUCAUUCAUGCAGCUCACAAACAUAUUGAGCACCCACUAUAUACCAGGCAUUGUGUAGACACUAAGGAAACAAAGAUCAAGACACAAGUCCUGUGUUCAAGGGGCUCAGAGUGAAGUAAUGAUAUUAAGCUAAAAUUUAUUCAGCACUGAAUAUAUAUGUCCAGCAAUGUGCUAAAUCAGUGCUUUACAUAUAUUAACUCAUUUGCUAUGAAGGGUGCCGUGAAGAAACAGGCAUAGAGAGGUUAAAUAAAUUCCUCAGUGUUACACAGUUUUUGAGUUGAUAGAGUUUUGGGGUUUGAACUCAGAUUUGAAAGUGUGUGCUCCUAACUAUGGUGUUGUCUCCCUAGGUGGGGUAGGGGGCCAAGUAUACAGUGCACAGAGGAUAUGUGGGGUUAGCAUUUAAUGGUACCUUAAAGAAGGCAUAGGAGCCUGUGAGCUAGGGGAAGGAAGGAGAGACACCUUGAGCAGGACAAUGUUGAGAACGAGGGAAUGUAGACAUACAAGAUAUGGUUUCUACCCUCCAGGAGCUUUUAAUCAAACAGGGGAAGUGGUAGACACAGAUAACUUCACUACAAGGAAUAGUGAGGAUGGAUGACAGGUGUAGGUGUAGGAUGUGCUGAAUCAUACAAAAGGCACAAAUGAAAUUCGUAGUAAUAGAAGGAAAGAAGAAUCCUUUCAGCUGGAGGUGAUCAGAGAUAUCAUGAUGGAAGGGACAGAGCUCAAGACCCACUCUAAAUUAAGGCUGAGUGGAAUCUCCUAAAACAGAGGGGGCUGGGCAGAACAUUCCAGCAGGUGGACUGGCUUGAGAAGAUGGGCUAGAAAACAAGUGGUGCUGGCUGAUUUUCAUUUCAGACUCAAGUAUGUGAGCGGUGAGUGGAAGAGGAGUCUUUCCAGACUCUUUCUGUAGGUAUGAAGGGACUGGGGUGUUCAGUUAGGGAGACUAGGCUUAGUUUAGUAGGGAGUAGGCAACCACUGAAGGUUUUGAGAAGGGGAGAGUGUGAAUUAUUCUGUGUUUGUACCCUUGUUUGUAUGUGCUAGGAGAAAGACGCCCACAAGCUGCCUUACCCACCCUCCAUGAUGGCCAGCUUCUGGCAAGAUUCAGUCAACAAGAGCCCUGGAAACAUGUUCCCUGCUCUGCCCUUGCUAGUCAGAGCUGUGUCCCUCCAGAAACUGUAUUUUUAGCCUUUAUUGUAGGUCAUUUUAGUACUCAGGUGGGCCUGGGAAUCACUGACCUGUAUGCUGUUUACCAAUCGCUUUUUCCUUUAAUCUUAGAAUCCAAACCAAUAUUCUUAUCCAUAUUUUACAGUUGAGAAAACUACGGUUCAGGAAGGUUGUGAUGUGUCCAAUGUCACCAACUUUUAAGCAGAGUAGCUGGGCUUAAAAUCCACAUUUCUGACUCCAAUUUAAGCUUCUUGGGAGAACCAGAACCAAGAUAGAAGAUCUUCGCAAUAACUGAGUCCUCAUAUAUUUUCCUCAAACUUGUUUCCUCCAGUCUUUGCAUUGCUAAAUAUUGCCCAUCUGAACUAGUAUUUGCUACACACAGUCCUCUAUGGUCUCCCAGCUGAUAAUAACCUCAUAAUCUUGUGGCUGCACCUGGUUUGUAUUUGCAUGUCUUCUUUCUCCAGUUGUCUCUAAACCUUUAAAGACAGGCGGUAUGAAAUAGCAUGGCUUUUGGAAUCUUUGAUCUCUUGUACUCCAUAAUCUCACUCACCCCAUCACUCAACCCUUGUAUCUCAUCUCAUUCUCUAUGAGAUGAUGAAUGGCUUCAUUUAUGAGAUUCUAGGACAUCAUUCCCUGAUCACUCCCCCCCAUCCCUCCAGGUUUAUCACUCACCAUUUAUGGAUUCUUUGUUAGUAAUUGCUCAAUAAAUACUAGCCAUUUUCUUAUUAGGGUGAGUAGGAGGGAGAUGAGCUAGCCAGCUAGCCAGAGAUAAUUUCUAGGGCAAGGAAGGAGCCCCGAGGGCAGGGUAUAUUAUAUUUUGUGUCACGGGGAGCCCAGGAAAGACCAUUAUUGAAUACCUAUUCUGUGCCAGGUACUUAAAGACACUAUCUGAUUUAAUUUUCCCAAUAGUCUUAUGCUUUGUGCAUCUAUUUUUAUUUUACUGAAAUAAACUAAAGUUCAGGGAGAUAAAGUUAAAUUCUCUAUGUCCCUCUACUUUCAGUGGCAAAGCCAGGACUUGAAUUCACACACAUCUGUGUGACUUGGGACUGCAAGCCCUAUCUGCCACAGCCAUGGCCUCUGAAUUAGGGGUGCUGAGAUGAAUAACCCAAGGCAGAGGACCACAACUAGAUGACAGGGUCUCAGGCCACAAGCUAUGUCCAAGGAUCUCAGCUCUGUUUUCAGGUUGCUUGUGAUUCCCUCUGUCCCAUUGGCUCCUACCCCCACCCCCUACCAAUUUCACCAGAGAAGCCCUGGGUAAUGACUCAGCUGGGAGCUGUCCAGCUUCAUCUUCCAGACCUAUUGGGAAAGACUUCUGAAGUAGAUAAUGGCUUUCAAAAUGUAAUUUAACUUAAUACACUGCUGUAUUGUUACUAAUGUAAGUCCCAAUGUGUGUGUCUCUGAGGCAGCCAAUUAUAGAAACUUUGAUAAAGAAUAUGUCUAAGCCAAGGCAAGUGUUACUUCUCUGAACAAAUGGGAUGAGAUUUAAGCCAUCUGUCUAGGACUGGCAUUUGAGGCCUCACUAUAGUUGAGAUUCCAGGCUUCCAAGAAAAUGUAAGGAAGAAGGUCCUUAUUAUCCCCUCAAGAGUAGCACUGGAAUCUGUGCUGGGCGAUCCCUCUGUUCUCAUGUUUUAUCCCCAGCCUUUCAGCCCAGCAUGGUGGAAGAAGGCCACCAACAUCAGCUUGGGGAUUUCUGUGUGCCCAUGGGCUGAAUUCUUCAUGUUAAUAAAAAGACAUCCCAGAAGACAGAAAAAAAGGACUUGUAAGAAGUAUUCUUCAGUUUCAGUGAUUAGAGUGGGUCUUAUAACAGAUUGCUGGCAUCUGGGGACACUGAGUCAAGUCACAAUUCAACCCUCAUCUGACUGGUAUACGGAGAAAGUGCUUAAAAUACACACAAGUAGGGGCUCCACUUACCUUCUUUCCAGUUUCUGACAUUAAUCUCCCCUCCUCUUCCCUCCUACACCAAAGCUGUCACCAAGGGGUUCCACUAGGUUCCCUGCAGAGAGCCACCCUCCCUCCUCCUCUCUGUCACUCAAGCCACACUUCAACAGGCCCUGCACUCUGGAGACGAGUGUGUGAUCCACUUCCUAGGAAAGUGUCCGCCUUGUCCAUCUGGCUGUAGAGCCAGGCACCUCUGAGAUUUCUGAGGAUCAUCCACUGAACCUCAUAGCAACUUGCUUGAAAUUCUCAUUCUUUUAAUAUGAUGACAAAAAAAAAUCAAUCUGUGUAUCUGGUAUUAAAUUCUCUGUUUAAGAAUGUCGGCUCAGGGGCCCCUGGAUGGCUCAGUCGGUCAAGCGUCCGACUUCGGCUCGGGUCAUGAUCUCCCAGC